CAAUGUGCUUUUAAAAUGCAAGUCGUGAAAGUCCUUUGGGCUUUUCUUUGGAUCCUUCCCAAGGCCCUGGGAAAGGACUUCUGUGCGGGGCAAUCGUUUGGAUCCAGAGCAGUCGACUCCGCAGAUCCCCAAUCGUAUUACCUCUGCCUUGGUUUCAUUGGCCCUAUAAAAAAUACCUGCAAGAAUGGAUACUUGUUCGAUGCUCAAACGCAGGGAUGUGUGAUUAUGAACAAUGCAACUCAAUCUAUCAAAAAAUCAGAUGAUAAUAAGAAGGAAGUAAACAUCAAGCAAAAUAUCAGCGUGGAUAGACCCCUUAUAUUCAACAUCUUCGGAAACUUCAAUUUCUUCGCCAGUCUGUGGGGCAAUUCUCAUGAGGCAACGCCUUCGCCCUUGAAACCCAACCCAAUUGCCCAUUUCCAAUUUAUGAACAGUGCCGUUGGAGUUGAACCUUUGUCGCAGGAUAAUCUUGCUGAGAAGGAUAAGGAUAUUAAAUUCAGCUCUUUGGAUUCAUACUCAACUGAUGGUGCAACAGAUAGUUCGACGCAGGAAUCCUCCACACGAGUGCCUGAAGAUGCUUCAUCGACUGAUUCUAUACAAGAAAGUUCCACACAAGAAAGUCGCUCAAGCACAGAAGCAUCCUUAGAUGAUAUAAUAUGGAGCUCUGAAAGUAUCGUGCCUACGGAAUCAUCAACACCCAUUAUUUCAAGUUCGACGGAAGAUAGUUGGUCAAGCUCGGAAAGUCCUGUGUCCACCGAACCAUCUACAGGAGCGACAGAUGAUUCUUCGUCAACAGAAUCUUUACCAGAUAGUACGACCCAAGAAAGUAGCACUGAAAGUCCCUCGCCUACCGAAUCAUCAACAGCAGUGACAGACCAGUCUUCGUCGACAGAACCGUCACAGGACAGUACGACCCAAGAAAGUAGCUCAAGCACGGAAAGUCCUUUGUCUACUGAAUCAUCUACAGAAGCUGCUGAGUCUUCUUCAACAGAAUCUUCACAAGAUAGUACGACACAAGAAAGUAGCUCUAGCACUGAAGGUCCUUUGACUACUGAAUCAUCUACAGAAGCUACUGAGUCUUCUUCAACAGAAUCUUCACAAGAUAGUUCGACACAAGAAAGUAGCUCUAGCACUGAAGGUCCUUUAUCUACUGAAUCAUCUACAGAACCUACUAAUGAGUCUUCCUCUACAGAAUCUUCACAGGAUAGUACGACCCAAGAAAGUAGCUCAAGCACUGAAGGUCCUUUGACUACUGAAUCAUCUACAGAACCUACUAAUGAGUCUUCCUCUACAGAAUCUUCACAAGAUAGUACGACCCAAGAAAGUAGCUCAAGCACUGAAGGUCCUUUGACUACUGAAUCAUCUACAGAACCUGCUAAUGAGUCUUCCUCUACAGAAUCUUCACAAGAUAGUACGACCCAAGAAAGUAGCACUAGCUCUGAAGGUCCUUUGUCUACUGAAUCAUCUACAGAAGCUACUGAGUCUUCUUCAACAGAAUCUUCACAAGAUAGUUCGACACAAGAAAGUAGCUCUAGCACUGAAGGACCUUUGACUACUGAAUCAUCUACAGAACCUGCUAAUGAGUCUUCCUCUACAGAAUCUUCACAAGAUAGUACGACCCAAGAAAGUAGCACUAGCUCUGAAGGUCCUUUGUCUACUGAAUCAUCCACAGAACCUUCUAAUGAGUCGUCCUCUACAGAAUCUUCACAAGAUAGUACGACCCAAGAAAGUAGCUCUAGCUCUGAAGGUCCUUUGUCUACUGAAUCAUCUACAGAAGCUACUGAGUCUUCUUCAACAGAAUCUUCACAAGAUAGUACGACCCAAGAAAGUAGCUCAAGCACUGAAGGUCCUUUGACUACUGAAUCAUCUACAGAACCUUCUAAUGAGUCGUCCUCUACUGAAUCUUCACAAGAUAGUACGACCCAAGAAAGUAGCUCUAGCACUGAAAGUCCUUUGACUACUGAAUCAUCUACAGAACCUGCUAAUGAGUCUUCCUCUACAGAAUCUUCACAAGAUAGUACGACCCAAGAAAGUAGCACUAGCUCUGAAGGUCCUUUAUCUACUGAAUCAUCUACAGAAGCUACUGAGUCUUCUUCAACAGAAUCUUCACAAGAUAGUUCGACACAAGAAAGUAGCUCUAGCACUGAAGGUCCUUUGACUACUGAAUCAUCUACAGAACCUUCUAAUGAGUCGUCCUCUACUGAAUCUUCACAAGAUAGUACGACCCAAGAAAGUAGCUCUAGCACUGAAGGUCCUUUGUCUACUGAAUCAUCUACAGAAGCUAAUGAGUCUUCUUCAACAGAAUCUUCACAAGAUAGUUCGACACAAGAAAGUAGCUCUAGCACUGAAGGUCCUUUGACUACUGAAUCAUCUACAGAACCUUCUAAUGAGUCGUCCUCUACUGAAUCUUCACAAGAUAGUACGACCCAAGAAAGUAGCUCUAGCACUGAAGGUCCUUUAUCUACUGAAUCAUCUACAGAACCAGCUAAUGAAUCUUCCUCUACAGAAUCUUCACAAGAUAGUACGACCCAAGAAAGUAGCUCCAGCACUGAAGGUCCUUUGUCUACCGAGUCAUCUACAGAAGUGACAGAGGUGCCAUCGCCAACAGAGUCUUUACCAAACAGUUCGACGCGAGAAACUCCAUGUACCACCGAUAAUCCCUCUAGCUCUGAGCCUUCACCAAGUACCCCAGGUGAUGAUGGCAACCCCGGAAACAGUGGAUCUGAGAAUGAAAACUCCUCCACAAGUGGAGCUCCAUGUACCACCGAUAAUACCUCAAGCCCAGAAUCUUCACCAAGUACCCCUAAAAAUGAUGACGACUCCGGAAACAGUGGGUCUGAAAGCGGAAUCACUUCCACUAGUGGAUCUCCUUGUACCACCGAUAAUCCCUCUAGCUCUGAGCCUUCACCAAGUACCCCAGGUGAUGAUGGCAACCCCGGAAACAGUGGAUCUGAGAAUGAAAACUCCUCCACAAGUGGAGCUCCAUGUACCACCGAUAAUCCCUCAAGCUCAGAAUCUUCGCCAAGUACCCCUAAAAAUGAUGACGACUCCGGAAACAGUGGGUCUGAAAGCGGAAUCACUUCCACUAGUAGAGCUCCGCAUACGACCGAUAAUCCAGCAAUCCCUAAGCCCUCGCCAAGUGCCCCGGAAAAUCCUGGAGAUUCCGGAAACAGUUCAUCGGAAUCUCCGCCAGCAGGCAUGACUCCAUCUACGCCCAAUCCACCAAUAAAGAGUACCACAAGUUCGUAUACUGCCCAUCCGACUCCAAAAUAUACAACCGAGGGUAAUAAAUCUGGAACCUCAACAUUAAAACCCCCAACUGGAACGACCCCUGGUCAUCAAGAGGAAAGAACUGACUGUAGCAAGAUGCCGAAUGGAGUCUUUCUGCGGGACUUACAGUCAUGCAAUAAAUAUUAUGUAUGUCUAAAUGGUAAAGCAAUUGCUGGCCACUGCCCCAGAAAUCUGUACUUCGACAUUAAGAGGAAAGUCUGCAAUUUUCCCAGUCUAGUGGAUUGUCCACUCGAUGACUCCCCAGAAAAUGUAACUCAAAAGCCCUCGGACACCGAAUCGCCUCCCGACUGUAAGUCCUUGCGGAAUGGCGCCUAUGUUAGAGAUCCAAAGUCAUGUAGCAGGUUUUAUGUUUGCGCCAAUGGACGGGCAAUACCUCGACAGUGCCCCCAGGGUCUACACUUUGACAUAAAAUCCAACUUUUGUAACUACCCAAUCUUGGUGCAGUGCUCCUUGGUGGAAUCUCAGGCUGAUGCACACGGAGCAUUACUGGCGGAGGGAGUCCCCGACUGCACCAAAGUGAAAGAGGAUACACGAUUUGGAGACGUCAAGCAGCAUAACAAGUAUUAUGUUUGCUUGAAUGGUAAAGCGGUUUUGCAUUACUGCAGUCCGGGAAAUUGGUUCGACCUUCGCAGCCAGAAAUGCGUUGACCAGCGCCUGGCUAAGGUGACCUAAGCACUCGCUACAUAUUAGAGGCAUUAUCCAUAAUCUAGGCUUAGAAAUGCGGUGAAAGGGUUUUGAAUAUAAGUAUAUAUAUACAAUGGGUUGAUGGGUAAAAUUACUUGCAUUAUACUAUUUUAGAGUGGUUACUGACACAGAAGUUACAAGCAGACUCUAAUACGACCUAGCCAGUUGAAGUGUUCAAUAAAUUACUUUAUCUGUCUGGGAUAUACAAAACGAAUAAAGUAAUGUUUUAUUUAA